GUUUAGCGUCCACCGAUUCAGAAAAAUUUUGAUACGUUUUUUCUACACAUUUAGAUCAAUUAAACAAUAUUCUGUUCAUGUGAUUACUUCUCAAGUGAAUGUUUUAUGAACUGAUUAUGUUAUUUCGGUGAUUGUUUGUUUAUAGUUGACUAUUGUAGUGAUUUUUGUAAACAUCGGGAACACAGGCCCCACGUCUAUGACUUCUUAUUGGCAGCAUGGCGGAAAUAGUGUACCCGCAAGGCUGCCGCCCAAUUACCGAUGACCUAGGUCCAGAUGAGCUCGUCCGAAGACUAAAGGCGCUCGCGCACACGCUGCAAGGUCUCGGGCAGGAUGAGGGCAUGUAUCAGCAGUACAUACCGCUGGCGCUGCACCUGGCCGACGAUUUCUUUCUCACCCACCCUUCGAGGGAUGUGCAGCUGCUCAUAGCUUGCUGUAUAGCGGACGUGCUGAGGGUGUACGCGCCGGAGGCACCGUAUAAAGACCAGGAACAGGUCAAAACAAUAUUUCUGUUCCUGAUCAACCAGUUACAAGGUCUACGCGACCCCAAGGAUCCGGCGUUCAAAAGAUACUUCUAUCUUUUGGAAAACUUGGCGUACGUCAAGUCUUUUAACAUGUGCUUUGAAUUGGAAGACUGUCAGGAGAUAUUCUGCGCUCUGUUCGCGCUCAUGUUCAAGAUUGUCAAUUCUGAACACUCAACAAAAGUGAAAUCCUUCAUGCUGGACGUGCUCUGUCCACUCAUAACAGAAUCAGAUGUGGUUUCAAACGAAUUGCUCAACGUGAUUCUCAUAAACCUAGUGGAGCCAAAUAAAAGGGAACACAAACAUGCGUACGCGCUGGCUAAAGAGCUUAUCGUGAAGACUAGUGACACGUUAGAGCCGUAUAUACAAGCGUUCUUCAACCACGUCCUUAUCCUCGGCAAAGAAGAAAAGAAUCUCUCAAUAUUUUCAAAAGUGUACGAAUUAAUCUAUGAACUGAACCAAUGUUGUCCAUCAGUUCUGCUGUCGGUUCUGCCGCAGCUUGAAUGCAAACUGAAAUCCGCACAGUUCCAAGAGAGGCUCAGUGCGGUCGCAUUAUUAGCUAGAAUGUUCUCGGAACCAAUGUCAGAGCUUGCCAAGCAAUAUCCAGCUCUAUGGCGGGCCUUUUUAGGGAGAUUCAAUGACAUCUCAGUACCGAUACGAAUCAAAUGCGUCCAAUAUUGCAUGCACUUUCUGGUGCAUCACCCGGAUUUGAGGAAAGACAUAACUGAGACGCUCAAAAUGAGGCAACAUGACGCCCACGAGCAAGUUAGAUACGAAGUCGUUAUGGCCAUUAUUGCAACGGCACAAAGAGACUUCCAAGCGGUCGCCGAAUCUGAGGAUCUACUCCAUUUCGUGCGAGAAAGAACAUUAGAUAAGAAGUUCAAAAUAAGGAAAGAAGCCAUGUCCGGUCUGGCGAUGAUUUACAAGAAGUUCUUAACAGAAGAAAGUGUGCCGCCCGCUACGGAAAAAGCGGCACAAUGGAUCAAAGACAAAAUAUUACACGGAUACUACAUGACGGCAAUUGAAGACAGGUUAUUAGUGGAAAGACUGUUGAACACUUCUCUAGUACCGUACACAUUGCCUCCACAAGUUCGGAUGAAGAAAUUGUACUAUUUAAUGUCAAAUGUCGACGAUAAUGCCACAAAGGCGUUCAUAGAGUUGCAAAAACAUCAGUUAGCUGUGCGAAGGACAGUCGCGGAAUGGGUAGAAUUACACAGAAGGCCACCAACGCCAGCAGUUCAAAAGGAAAUGAUGACGAAAGUGUUACAUAUUAGUUCCAAAUUUUUGCCUGAGUCGGUUAAGGCGCAAGAGUUCUUGAAUCAAUUCUCGGAACAUAUGAAGAAAGCUCCGGAGUUGUUGCAAGGAAUGGAGACGAUACUCAAUCCGAACGUUAGUUGCGAAGUCUGCGUGCGUACCACUUCUAGCGUGCUCAAAAAGCUUGGCCAGCCAGUAAUGACGAAUAUAUACUACAACACGGUGAAGAUGCUUCUGGAACGAGUCAGCUCAGUGAUGGUGGACCACGACUCGUUGCUGAUACUGGUCGGCUAUGUGGAGGGAGCUGUGCGGGGCACGGACACUUCUAUAGCGGAGGAGUGCGGCAUAGACAUAAAAAAGGCAGCGGAACGCGGUCUCAAACUCCUCGUGAUGCUCUCAUUCGUGUUCCCCGCGCAUUUCUUACAUGAGGAUGUGCUCAAUCGACUCACUUCUCUAUUGGAAUUGGAUGAUGAAACGAUAGCACCGCAUAUACUGGCUGCCCUGACUUUCCUCGGGAAAUAUCGACCUUUGGGAGAGGCGUGCUCGUCGUUAUUCCCAAAAUUGAUAUCCCUAUGCAAGGCAUAUGCUGAAGUUGGUACACCGAAACAGGCGAAAAAUGCAGUCAGGUGUUUAUUCGUCAACGUACCAGAACAGAGGUCACAAAUAUUCACGGAAAUAUUGGAAACGUUAAAAAUGACGCUCAGUCCUCAAUCGGAACACUACAGGACGGCGAUAGUCACACUCGGCCAUAUUGCACACAACCUGCCCGAUAACUUCCCCGUUCAUAUAAAGAAUAUUGUCUCUAGGAAGAUAGUAAAAGAGCUCCUAGUCCGCGAAGGAGGCGGUGGACCAAACGCUCCAGAUGGUGAAUGGUGCUCUGAAGAAGACUUACCUGAAGAAACCCGCUGCAAACUCGAGGGGCUCAAAUGUAUGGCUCGCUGGCUGCUCGGCCUGAAGAAGGAUGAACUGUCUGCGCAGAAGACGUUCCGGAUGUUGAACGCUUUUAUAGUGCAUAAGGGGGACUUAUUGCAGCAAAACCAACUGUCAAAAGCGGAAAUGGCGCACCUCCGGCUGGCGGCGGGCGCGGCGAUGCUCAAAAUAUGCGAACAGAAAGGUGUCGGCGAUCAGUUCACGGCCGAACAGUUUUAUAAUCUGUCGCAUCUUAUGGUGGAUGACGUACCACAAGUGAGGGAAGCCUUCGCUGCGAAACUACACAAAGGAUUAUCAAAGGGCAUACCGAACAAGUGCUUGCCGCUCGACUUCAUGGGCAUGUACGCGCUGGCCGGGCGCGAGCCGGACCGUCGUGUGCGCGGGCUCGUGCGGCAGUACAUGCUGGCCGACGUGGUGCGCCGCCGGGAGUACGUGCGCAACAUCACCAUCGGCACCAAGGUGGAACGAGCAGUGAGCCAACUACCGCACAUAAUGCCGGACUACAUGCUCGUGUUUGCUGUACCAGUGCUCACACACGACCCGGCCUUCACGCACUAUGACAAUGUUACACAACUAAAGAUUGUGAAACAAUGCCUCUGGUUCGUGCUAGAGCCGCUUAUAACUAGAAAUGAUUUCUACUGCUACGGUUUCUACAAGAGCCUAGUUGAAAAGAUGAAGUUGCAUAAGGACGCGCUCAAUGAAACCGAUGAUGCUGUAAAUUAUAAACUCUGGGCGACCUGCGAUCUAGCGAUGUCGGUAAUAUGGGCUCGCUCCACGAGUUUCGAGUUACGUGAAUUCCCAUCAGACGUUCGCAUACCGACCAUGUACUACGCACCUCAGCCGGAGUAUUUCGCGAACACAAGGGUGUUUCUGCCGCCUGAGUUACAGUUCCAACCAAAACGGCAACCAACAACAGAACCAAUAGCACGCGGCAAGAAGCGGCCGCGGGCCAUCGCUGACAAGGAGAAGGAGAAUAGCAAUGAAUGCGAGCCCUCGGAAGCAUCAGACACACAAAUAAUAGUCCCCGGGCUCGAACAACCGCCCGAGACGGAACUCGACGAGCCGCAAGCGAAACGCAACAUGAGCGACUGAGUCCUCGCUCACACCGUCACUAAGCAAGCUGUACACGCGAGUGGUUCAUAGAGAGGGGAGAGUGAGAGGGGGGAGUUGUGCGGUGUGAUGGACGGCGUGCGUACACUUUUUUGGUUGGAGAUGAGUGUUUUGGGAAUGCUGUGUGUAAAGCGAUUAAUUUUGAUUUUUUGUAGCAGGGGGGGGGGGCU